AGGAAUACAAAAAGCUGUUUAUACACUGAGAGUACCGUCCCACGUAUCACCCAACCAUGCAAGCUCUGCAGCUAUGCCGCUGCCCCGCCUCCGCAUCGCAGCGGUCGCUCACGCAGGCAUAUUCCUUCGCCGUUGCGUGUGUGCGGAGCAGAUGCUUUGCCACCGCAGCGGCGGCCGAGCUCGACGUAGCAAACGACGACGUCGAUGCGCGUCUCACAGAAGGCAGAGAAAGUACGGAUGGCACGGCAGAGACGCCAAAAGCGCCUCGCCGGCCCUUAUCAGUGACGUUGCUGCCGUACAUCUACAGCGCCAACACCACUGCACCAGACACACGUCUGGCGCUGCCGCAGGGCACGCGUCCGGUGCGGCGCAUGAAGCGCAUGAUGAACGUCGACACUAUGGCGGACCUGAUGAAGGCGCUGGAUGGCUCGAAGCUGGAAACCGAAGAGGAGUGUGUGCGCUUCCUCAACCUUGUCGUGGCCUUCAUCCGCCAUGAAAACUCGCUGCUACUGCAGGAAGAAUCUCCUUCGCCGGACGUCCGAGAGCGGGCAGCAAAGGUACGAAAAGCGAGAGAUUCUUUCCGAUUGAGUUCGGAGGAGCAACACAUCCUGCUGAAGAAAGCCUGCGUGUUGGUGGAGCAGCGCCGCGUCCCCCUCAUCGUCGCCAGCCGCCUCCUGCGGCAUCGCUGGUUCGAUGAGCUGCGCGCGAGCGGUGGGCCGACCUCGCAGCGCUACGUGAUGGAGCUCGUGCAGAGUUGGAUGGCGGAGGAGCUACUGGCGGAUCGACUUGACCCGCGUGACGCGCGUGCUCUUUUGAGCAACUGCGCCUACGCGCUCAAAUCGCAGGUGGCGCACGCCCGUGCCGCACGUCGCGGCAACGCCUCGUCGACGGCGUCAGGCGGCAAAGCCAGCGAGAGCCAGCUUUCCUCCUUUAUCGGAUCGCUGGCGACGACGGCGGUGAAGGACAUCACGAGCGCCGCACAGGUGGAGGGGCUUCUUAAUGUUAUGUGGGACGUGCACUCGACCGGCUGCGGCGCCCCUGCCAGCUUCUGGGAUGCGAUGGUGCAGCGUAUCGUGCAGUUCAACGCUGCGUUGGAUACUCAACUAACGGAGGUGGCGGAGACGGGGUCGCGCGCCGGACGCGACACCCGCAAACACAAACGAACGGAGUCGCCGCUUUCGCGCCAAGCCGGGCACUUCUUCACGACCCUCACCACGCGACAGCUGUACCGCUUUCUUCUCGUGUUGAAGCUGUCGAAGUGGGCGGGAAACGCGACGGUGCUGCAUCAGCUGGCUGACCAGGCCCUCCGCAACGUGGCCUUCGAGCUUGAGGCUUCGCACCACAGCGACAGCAAUGGUGGCGACACGGAUAAGGAGAUCACCGAGAACAGCGAAGCCGCAGCUCCUGCGUCAAGCGGCGCGAUGUCCAUCCAUCCACCUCCUCCUCCCGCCCCAUCUUUAGAACACCACGCAGUACUCGAUGCACCGCACCUCGUCCAUCGGCAGCCGUCGAAGCGCGACGUCGCACGCCGCAUCCGCCGUGUCGCCGACAUGCGGCCGCAGGAGUUCCUCGAGCUGCUCAGCCUCGCCGCGGACCUGCGCGUCCCCAUCGGCGUCUCCGCCACACGCGUCUCCGAGGAGCUUCUCACCCCGCUCGUGCCGCACCUCAGCACCAAGGACCUCCUCGCCCUGCUGCAGAUUGUCCGAUACACCGAGAGCCAGUCGACGGAGCUGCUGCAGGCGGUGAUGCGUCGGCUAAUGGAGAACGGCCCUGCAACUCCCUACGCGCUGACGCUGAGCAAGACGCUCCUUCGCACGGCCGCCACCGCACCCGACCUGUUCGCCUCGUUAGAGAUGGAUGACUUCGUGCUCUUCUUCCUCGACCUGUGCGAAGCGCAGUUCAGCCUCUGCCAGCCCGCCGUCGUGGUCACCUUGGUCGAUCUGCUGUACACGCUGGGCCGGCGCUACGAUGAGCAUUCGGUGCCCGGUCAGCGCAUUCGUGCCGUAGUGCAUCUCUUCUGCGCUCACAUGGACCGCCUACUGCAGCUGCACGUAAUUGCGGCCGCAAAGGUGGAGCCGCUGCUGGAGAUCACCGUGCUGCUCCGCAUGCGUCCGCGUCCUGAGCUGUACCCCGCCGUGCAGGAGCUGCUGAGCACCCGCGCUGCCGCUGAGGGACAAAAGCAGGCUCGCCACGCAGCCCGUCUGGAAAGUGCAGGUUGCAGCGUCGACAUCCCAAUGGAGGCAACACCAGAAGGGGAGGAGAACGAGAGUAACGAAGGCGCAGCAGUGGUGGAAAGCAGCGAGUUCGCCGCCGGUCGUGGGGCACGGUGGGAGGACCUCUCGGAGACGGAGCUGCCCACGGUCUCCAAGACGGCUCGUCGCGUGUACGGUGAAAUUGGUUACAUGUUUGAGCGCAUGGUGGUUCUCAAGGCCACGCUGAACAAGGCCGACUUCGACAUCUUCCGGCGCGACAUCGAGAAGGCCGGUCUGUACAGUCUUUUUCAGGGUGUUCAGCUCUUUCACCUCGGGCACCUGGAGGUGCAGGUGGCGUACACGACAGACACCGCCAGGGCAGCCGCAAGCAAAAUUCCUCGGGCGCUGCCGUGGUGGAUGGAGAAGACGAUCACCUCCAUUGUCCUCCGCAAGAUCGCGCGAAGCCGCAUUCAUGAGGGGUCGACAGACGAUGAAGUGCUGAAGCUUCUGGGGCACGUCCACUGCGACGCCGCCAAGGUGGACACGGUAGUCGCACUGCUUGUGGAGUCGCCGCUGCAGAUGGUGAAGCGCCAGCGGGCGUUGUGGCUGUACGUCCGCGAGCUGGCCCGACGCUUCGGCUCCGAUGAAACGAAAAAGUCUGUUUCGGCGUACUUGACCAAGUCUCUGUUCUAG